AAUCAUGGCAUAUUUUCUGUUUACUCAUGAAUCUCGAUGUUUGUCUGUUCAUCCCGAUUUUUUAAUUUAAAAUAAAUAUAGAUAAUAAUUUUAUUAAAUAAUUGCUAUAGUUUCUUGGUUCAAGGCAUUCUAAUGUGGUCAAGGGGAAGUAGUAAAGUCUUGAGAGAGGUUGCACCCUAUGAGAGGCCUGCAUUAAGCAAAGGUUAUUUACUUCCAGAAGAUGCAGAUCCAGCUCGCCUCCCUUCAUUUCAUUGUUGUGUAGGUUCCAACGAGGAAAAGUUAACCCCAAAAUAUUAUAAGGAACAUGGUAUUGAAUUGAUUCUUAAUACACAAGUUAAGUCUGCUGAUGUGAGGCGCAACACCCUACAAACUGCAACAGGAGAAACCAUAAGCUACAAAAUUCUCAUUGUUGCAACAGGUGCUCGGCCUUUGAAGCUGGAGGAAUUCGGGGUGAGUGGAUCUGAUGCGGCUAAUGUGUGCUACUUACGAGAUAUGGUUGAUGCAGAAAGACUUGUAAAUGUCAUGCAAUCCUCUAGUGGUGGAAAUGCUAUAGUCAUUGGUGGAGGCUAUAUAGGAAUGGAAUGUGCUGCAUCUUUGGCAAUAAACAAAUUAAAUGUCACUAUGGUUUUCCCAGAGGCACAUUGUAGUGAGUAAUGUUAUUUUCUUCCUGCUCUUCUACUUCAUGUCCAGUUUUGAAGCUCGAUCAUGUGGUCAAAUGUAGUCGCAACACAGUUAUCUAAUAAGAUACAUUUAUGGCAUGUUUGGUAAGAUGAACAAGAUAGUAUUAGGGAAGAAAAAGAAGCUAAAAUCUUGUCCCUUAGAGCGUACUAUGUACCUAAGGAAGAAAUAGAAGUUAAAAUAUUGUCCAAAGCACACUGUAGUAUGUACCAAACAUUUAAUGAAUUGAGAUGUAUCCUUUUGUUAUUAUUAUUAUUUUUUGAUAUGAUAAAAAUGGUCAAAAUCGGAUUAAAUUGUCAACUGCCCCUAUUGGAAAUAGAAUUGAUAGGAUUCCAAAGGAACUGAUUUUGAGAAGGAUGGGAAGAUAAUUGAUAAUACACAAGACCUCAUUAUUCUGAAUUAGAUAUUAGUAUUAGAACAUCCAAUUAUUUUCUAGAGUCAAAAUAUUAAUGACCCAAAAAUGUGGGACUGGAUCCUGGCUUGCAGCGAUGAUUUUCAAGUCAGGAAACAGUGUUAAUUAUUUGCACUGGAGGUGAUGUUCAUUAAAUUUCAUCUGCACAUUCUUUCAUCCUUUUUUGU